GAAACAAGCCCAAGAUCGGCACGGCCCGCCGGAAUCAAUGACUCCCCCUUCAGCUAAGCUUUUCGGGUUCGGUAUCAUCUUCUCUAUGAUCUUUUCUCGCUCCUUCUCAUGUUCAUUCACCAUGUUGAACAAUUGUCCACAUCCGAUAUGGCCCGCAACGCUUUCGGGAGCGGGCUCACCGCCGCUCCCGACCACCGGGUUCCAGCUGGACCCGGGCCAAAGUGUUAGGAUCCCCGCCCCGGUGGGGUGGUCCGGUCGGAUGUGGGGGAGGACGGGUUGCGCGUUUGAUGAGUCGGGGGCGGGAACGUGCCAGACUGGAGAUUGUGGGGGGAAGAUGGAGUGCGGUGGGAUCGGCGCAGCCCCGCCGGCUACCCUUUUUGAGAUCACACUUGGUGAAGGUGAAGAUCGUGAUUUCUAUGAUGUUAGUCUUGUUGAUGGCUAUAAUCUUCCUCUCGUCGCCAUGCCUAAUGGAGCUUAUGGUCGGUGUAACGUUACCGGUUGCAGGGCUGAUCUCAAUACCGAUUGCCCAAAGGAGCUGCAGGUGGUGGACGGUGCAGAUGGAGGUGAAGUGAUUGCAUGCAAGAGUGCAUGUGAUGCGUUUGGAUUGGAUGAGUAUUGCUGCAGUGGGGAGUAUGCAAGCCCAGCUUCAUGCAAGCCUACUUUCUACUCAACCAUCUUCAAGAGAGCUUGUCCAACUGCUUAUACCUAUGCAUAUGAUGAUGGCACCAGUACGUUCACAUGCAAGGGCUCUGAUUACACCCUUACUUUCUGCCCCACCUAGUGUGUGGCUGACAUUCAAAACCCAAGUUUUUAAAUUAUUGCAACAAUCAUUUAGUAAGUCUCACAUCACAUGCAACUAGUUGGACGGUUAAUGGCUCUUAGUUGGCAAUGUGUCAUGCGUGAAUAACAUCCAAUCCAUCUAAAAGGCUGGCCUGACUGUGAAGAUCACCUGAUGUAAAGAUUAGAUCAGUCCGCUCAUGAGGUGGCCACAAAUGACAUUGAUGUUUGUCCAUUGUUUUCUAUAUGUAGCCUACAUGAUGAGCGGAUCAGUCUAUUUUUUGCAUCAUAUGUUCUUGAUGGUGGGCUGAACCCUUUUCGACGUAUCAGAUGUUGUACGCUCGACACAUUUGAGUGAUAGCCUUACCGUCCAACCAGUUGCAUGUAAGACCUCCACCCAUUUAUGUGACCCUCAUUCUUUCUCAAACUCUGAAAUGAACAUUAUAUGAACUUCUCA